GACUCUGCGUAAUGACUUCUUCAUUUCAGAUGAGGCAGAGGAUCAUCCAAGUGCGGUUCUGUUUCCUCUUGGUUCCGUGCGUGUUUACUGCUCUGGAAGCUGUGCCUAUAGACGUAGACAAGACCAAAGUACACAACCCCGAGCCCGUGGAGAGCGUGAGGAUAGAGCCGCCAGGUACCGGACUUUAUUACGAUGACUACCUCAAGCAAGUGAUUAACGUCCUGGAAACAGACCAGCAUUUCAAAGAAAAGCUCCAGAAAGCGGACAUAGAGGAGAUAAGGAGUGGGAGGCUGAGCAAAGAGCUGGAUUUUGUCAGUCACAAGGUGAGGACAAAACUUGAUGAACUAAAGAGGCAAGAAAUCGGAAGGCUGAGGAUGCUCAUCAAGGCUAAGCUGGAUUCCCUCCAAGACACUGGCAUGAAUCACCACCUUCUUCUCAAGCAGUUUGAACACCUGAACCACCAGAAUCCGGACACGUUUGAGUCCAGAGACUUGGAUAUGCUAAUCAAAGCGGCCACCUCGGACCUGGAGCAGUACGACCGCACGCGGCACGAGGAGUUCAAGAAGUACGAGAUGUUGAAGGAGCACAAGCGCAGGGAGCACUUAAAGACCCUGGACGAGGAGAAGAGGAAGGAGGAGGAGGCUAAGUUUGAAGAAAUGAAGAGGAAGCAUGAAAACCACCCCAAAGUCAAUCACCCUGGAAGCAAAGAUCAGCUAAAAGAGGUCUGGGAAGAGGCUGAUGGAUUGGACCCUAAUGACUUUGACCCCAAGACAUUUUUCAAAUUACACGAUGUCAACAAUGACGGGUUCCUGGAUGAGCAAGAGUUAGAAGCGCUGUUCACAAAAGAGCUGGAGAAAGUGUAUGACCCGCGGAAUGCAGAGGAUGACAUGAUAGAAAUGGAAGAAGAAAGGCUGCGGAUGCGGGAGCACGUCAUGAGUGAGAUUGAUAUCAACAAAGACCGUUUGGUGACUCUGGAAGAAUUUUUGAGAGCUACAGAGAAGAAAGAAUUCUUGGAGCCAGACAGCUGGGAGACAUUGGAUAAACAACAGUUAUUUACCGAGGAAGAGCUGAAAGAAUAUGAAAGUAUUAUUGCAAUGCAAGAGGAUGACCUUAAGAAGAGGGCGGGUGAGCUGCAGAAGCAGACAGAAGAGCUGCAGCAACAGCAGGACCACCUUGAGGCUCAGAAGCAGGAGUACCAGAAGGCCGUACAACAUCUGGAACAGAAGAAAUUUCAGCAAGGGAUCGCGCCAUCAGGGCCAGCAGGAGAACUGAAGUUCGAGCCACGUAUGUAAUUUUGAUCCUUUGUGUAGGGAAAUAAACAAUUAUAAAUU